UUUAAAUGUCAGAUCUCUCUAUAUUUAUACACAUUUAUAGAUAUAUCUGCUCAUUCUAUCUAUUCAUUACGUGUCCAUUUGGCGUACGGUGCGUGUAAGUUGUGAAAAAAAAUGCCUUGCGUUGGUUGUGAAAAAGAUUGUAAAUGCACCACAGAGAAAUGCUGCGAGGGCUGCAAGUGCCGGGAGCCUGGCAAAUGCGGUUGCAAUGCCUCGAAACCUUCAUCCGGAUCGGGUGGAUGUUGCAAUAAGGGAGCUACUGAUGGCACCAAAUGCUGUGGCAGCGAUAAAAAGUAAAAGACUGGACCGCACCCAAAUGAUGACAACAAGACAAGGAAAAACGCAUUUGACUGUAUGGCCAUAACUUCUAAUGAGCUAUUAAUGAUACACAUUUAUUGUUCAAACAAAACCAAAUAGAUUAUUUACUUCUUACUAAAAAUGACCUAUUACCCAGCA